UUUUUAAUUCGCCUGCAAACCCCGGCGCCAGCUUUAUCUGUGCCGCGGCGAGAUGUCCGGAGGAUCAGCUAGGAGCCUGGGCAAGGGAAGCGCGCCCCCGGGGCCCGUCCCCGAGGGCCUGAUCCGUGUCUACAGCAUGAGGUUCUGCCCGUAUGCCCAGAGGACUCGCCUGGUCCUGACGGCCAAGGGUAUCCGGCAUGAAGUCAUCAACAUAAAUCUGAAAAAUAAGCCUGAGUGGUUCUUCAAGAAGAAUUCCUCAGGCCUGGUGCCGGUUCUGGAAACCAGUCAGGGUCAAUUGAUCUGUGAAUCUGCCAUCACUUGUGAGUACCUGGAUGAAGCAUAUCCAGAGAAGAAGCUGUUGCCAGGCGACCCCUAUGAGAAGGCUUGCCAAAAGAUGGUCUUUGAGUCCUUUUCUAAGGUACCACCUUUGAUAUCGGGGAUUGUUAGAACACAAAAUAAGGAAGACUGCUCUGGCCUAAAAGAAGAAUUGCGUAAAGAAAUCACCAAGCUAGAGGAGGUUCUGACUGCUAAGAAGACAACCUUCUUUGGUGGCAAUUCUCUUUCUAUGAUUGAUUACCUCAUCUGGCCCUGGUUUGAACGGCUGGAAGCUCUGGAGUUGAAUGAGUGUGUAGACCACGCUCCAGCCCUUAAGCUGUGGAUGGCAGCAAUGAAGAAGGAUCCCACAGUAUCAUCUCUCCUCACUGAUGUGAAGACCUUUCAAGGUUUCUUCAACCUCUACUUGCAGAACAGCCCUGAGGCUUGUGACUAUGGUCUCUGAUGGGGACAAGAAUCAGCAAUGAAGACAUAGCUGAUACUUUCCUUCACUAAUAUGAAUAAUACCGUGGUUU